GGCCCUGCGAUGGGGAAUGGGGGACAGGAAAGCCAGGGGUCUGGGGACCUCACACCCGACAGGGCGCUGCCCGACCCGCCUGAGGACCAGCCUGAGGACCCGCCUGAGAACCAGCCUGAGGGCGUGAAGCAGGGCGGCACGGUGCUGAUCUCCCUCCUGUCUGGGGCUCUCGCUGGUGCCGUCGCCAAAACUGUCGUGGCUCCUCUGGACCGAACCAAGAUCAUCUUCCAAGUGUCUUCAAACAGAUUCUCUGCUAAGGAGGCGUACCGGCUGAUCUACCGCACGUACCGGCAGGACGGGCUGCUGAGUCUGUGGAGGGGCAACACCGCCACCAUGGUGCGGGUCAUCCCCUACGCCGCCAUCCAGUUCUGCGCCCACGAGCAGUACAAGGGCCUCCUGAGAGACCACUUCCCCGGGAGGACCCUGCCGCCGUUGCCGCGCCUCGUGGCCGGGUCGCUGGCCGGGAUGACGGCCACCCUGCUCACCUACCCUCUGGACAUGGUGCGCGCCCGCAUGGCCGUCACGCCGAAGGAGAUGUACAGUAACAUCGCGCAGGUGUUCAGGCGGAUCUCGCGGGAGGAGGGUCUGCGGACGCUAUAUCGUGGGUUCCUGCCCACCAUCCUGGGCGUGGUCCCGUAUGCUGGGCUCAGCUUCUUCACCUACGAGACCUUCAAGGAGUUCCACAGAGAGCUGACCGGGCGGCCCCAGCCCAACCCGGGCGAGCGGCUGGUGUUCGGGGCGUGUGCGGGCGCGGUGGGCCAGUCCGCCUCCUACCCGCUGGACGUGGUGCGCCGGCGCAUGCAGACGGCGGGAGUCACCGGCCACGCCUACACCUACGCCGGCAUCGCGCGCACCGCGCGGCAGAUCGUCCGCGAGGAGGGCGUGGUGCGUGGGCUCUACAAGGGCCUCAGCAUGAACUGGGUCAAGGGCCCCAUCGCCGUGGGCAUCAGCUUCACCACCUACGACAUGAUCCGGGCUCUGCUGCUCGACCUCCGCCGCCUCGGCUAGCCUGCUGGGCUGCGGAGGGGCUGUGGG